AUGGCGGGCAGCGACGCGGACGGCAAGGGGCCGGCGCGGAGGGGCGGCGCGGCGCGGCGGCCGGCGGGCUCCGGCGGGCGAGGGGGCGAGGCCGCCGCCGCCGGCCGCCCCGAGCCGCUGUCCGCUGCUGAAGCGGCGGCCGAGGGGACCGAGCUGCCCGCCUGGAUGCGCCUCUACUUCUACGGGAUGCACGGGAUCACCCUGGACGUGCUGGUGUCGUCCGCGCGGCGCUUCGCUCGCAGCCCCGACCUCCGGAUGCUGGGCUUCUCCUCGCCCUACCGCUGCCUCCUGCACCUGCUCACCCACUUCGCCCUGGAGAAGGUCUACCUGCAGCGGCGGCGCUGCCCCAGCGCCUUGGUCUUCAAUUUCCUCCUCUACCCGCUGGCGCACGUGGGGCUGCAGACGCUGGCGGCCCGGGCGCUGCUGCUCAGCCUGGGCGCCGGGCCGGGCGGCGCGGGGGCGCCGGGGGCGCUGGACCUGGCGCUGCAGUACCUGCUGGCGCUCUACCACUCGCAAGUGUUCCUGCGCCGCUUCCUGCGCUUGCGGUGCCGGCGGCAGCUGCAGCCGCGACCCGGCGCUGCCCCUGCGCCUGCCCCGGCCUCUGCCCCGGCCCCUCCCGGCGCCCGAGCCCCCGCGGCGGCGGGUGGCCGGCGGCGACGCCCCCGCGGCCCCCGGGGCACCGAAGGCGUCCCCAGCAAGGGGCUGCCGGACCUGCUCCGCUUUCUCUUUUACGGGAUGCACGGCUUUCUGGAUGAGAUCUUCUUCACCUUCUUCUUUGACGUGCUGGGACAGGGGGACCGGGCCACCAGCGGCCACACGUCGCUCUGGUCCUUCCUCAUGUACGGCAGCUGCAGCUUCGUGGUGGAAAAGCUCUAUUUCUACCUGCACUACAGUCGCGGCUGGAGCACCUGGCAGCGGGUGCCCAUCUAUGUGAUGUUCAUCUACCUGUGGGAGCUGUCCUGGGGCCUGGGCCUGCGCGCCUGCGGCGCCUGCUCCUGGGACUACUCCCACUACCCGCUCAAUUUCAUGGGCCUCAUUACCCUGAUGUAUCUGCCUGGUUGGAUAUUCCUUUGCGUGUACCAGGACCUGCUUUCCAACGCGCUGUGGCGAGUGCAGUACAUACCAGCGGACUAAAGCAAACCGGUCUCUGGAUUCCCAUCCAUGAAUGCGAUUUAUUUUUACACGUUUAAAACGGAGUGGUCUUCUUGGCGUUUUAGUUUUCAUGCGUUGUACUAAACUCUUGCAACAAAUUUCAUCUUAUCUUUUCGUUUUUCUGGCUGUUUGGGACCCGUGCAUGAUACCUUACUUGGAAAUAUUACUCAGAGUACUAACUCGUCCAUUUUGUAAAAACCCUCACAAGCCCAAACAUCGGGAAGCUGUAGGAUUCACCUGUGUGGGCAUAGGUGGCUGAUAACUGCUGUGUUUUGUUUUUUUUUUUAUUUUGGUGAGGAAGUUCUUCAAAUCAGAGGCCAGUGAUUUUUACCAGAUUUAGCAAAAUGUUGUGGUUUAAUGGUGUGUUUACUUUCUUUUUAAUCCAAUUUCACUUUAAUUCCUUGCCAUAUUUAUCGAAGACUGCCGAAAUCCAGUGUCUUGUACUCCUGAAACUACAGUUCAUAGCUCUUAAGUGCCUCCCUUCUAGCCUACAAAGUGGAAAGAAACUGACUAAUGUGAAACCAUCCUAUGAACUGAUGUUUAAAUAAGUCUUUUCUAGCAACCCCAACAGGUGACACUGUGUUAAGUGUUUGAUCUCCAUCCGGGAAAUGAUGGUUUUCCAACGUGAGUUAGCCUUAAACUCCGAGGUUGAUCAGAUCCUAUGUUAUCUGUGGCUGUCCAUGUUUGUUACUGUGUAAUAAUGUAAAAUGUUUACCUUCCAUGUCCAAGGGCCAAGCCAAAUUAUACCAUCCUCAGUAGUGUUCAACCCUUAGGGCCCUUUCUCCGUGGAACUUCAAGAGCAGAAACAAUUCCUUGAAAUAACAUGAACUUGAACGUUCGCCCUAAUUGCAUUAGGCCUACCUGUUUUCUGCCUAUUUCUGCCAUGGCUCACUUGUAAACAUUUUUCUUUUUCCUUCUGGGCCCACUCAGAGUUCUUGGGCGAAGCCCGGUGUGUAAUUCAAACUAUAAAUCGAUAGUGUUUUUGGUGACUCAUUAUUAAUGUCUGCAAGUUCCAAAGUUAAAUGAGAUGAUGUAAACCAUUUAAAGAAAUCAUGUCUAAUCUAUUAAACAUGUAUUUAAGGAUG